UUCUCUGAGAAGAGCACAAGGCAGUGGCUUAAUCAUUCAUCAGUGGCUCCUAAUCUGGGGAGGUAAAUGCUCCCUGACACUUCUCAGGGCUUCAGAUUUCUCCUCACAUCAUUUCCUCUGUGCAACUGCCACAUGGCUUGGAGGCAGCAUCACUAAAUGCCAGCUGGCACUGACUUAAAGAGACACGAAGAAGAAGGCUGCUGAGAAAUCAAGAAGCCCCUCAGCUAACCCAGAGGAAGUGGGAGAUGUGUAGUUUCCUGCAGACAGAGUGAAGCUUGUGGGCGGAGUCUGUUCUCUAAAGCUUCAGCUUCCCUUCCAGCUGCUGUACUGGGAGAGUCUCUCACAUACACUGCCGCCUGCAUCUGCUGCACCCUCACACCAGCAGGAGCAAUAAAGCCGGGACCAAAAGUGCAUAGGAACCUUCUCCCUCAAACAGUGAGCGAUUCGAAAUACUAGAAAGCAAAUCCCCAAGCUCUAAUGGCCAGCAAUAACACAGCCAGUAUAGCGCAAGCCAGAAAGCUGGUGGAACAGCUAAAAAUGGAAGCCAAUAUUGACAGAAUAAAGGUAUCGAAAGCAGCAGCUGACUUGAUGGCUUACUGUGAAGCCCACGCCAAGGAAGACCCACUUCUCAGCCCAGUACCUGCAUCAGAAAAUCCAUUUAGAGAGAAGAAGUUUUUCUGUGCCAUCCUGUAAAACAUCAGCUACCUUUUGUGCAAUCAGGCUCCCCGAAAACUGAUGUAGAAUUUUGAACAUCAAUGGAUUCAUGCAGUCUGCAGAUUUAUUAGAGAAAUGUAUUUAUAAAGACAAGGCUGGGAGCUGCAGUGGCAAACAUGUCCAAAGAAACGUGUCUCCCUUAUGGAGGUUAAAGAACAUGAAAUCCACCAUGAUAACACAUACUAGAGAAGGGAGAUUAUGUACGGGGAAAGCUGUCUAUUUUUUUUUUUACGUUUUAAAACUGUUUUCCUUUUUUUUGAUGGGUUGUUAUUGUUUUUGAGACAAAGUUUAAUAAUUUGGGGCAUACUAUUUAAUUUAAAUGGAAUUGUCAUUUUUAGCUGCAGGAUAUAUUUGACAUGGUCUUCUUAUGUCAUAUCUGGAUAUUGUGCAUUGUUGCAUUAGAGUAGCACAAGGAUAAUCUUCACUGCAGGAAAGUGUAGAACUAUAACAAACACUCACAGUGUGUAUUAUGGAGCUAGCCAGAACUCACAGCCAGUUUACUCUGCUACGGUUAUUUGUAUUCUAGGAAUGAAUGGUAACAUUUCUAAUUGUGUUUUUUUGAGUCCACAGGAAGGAAUAUUGUGUGAUGUACUUUUGAUACCUAUUUUUGUGAUUCUUUGGAAGGCAAUGUUUGUGCAUGAAAAAAAUAAAACCAUUUCAGUCUAGGA